GGGAGGGCCCCGGCCAUGGCCCCUUUGUGCUGCCCGGCUCUUGCGGCCGCGUCUGGGGCUCCGGUCCCGCUGUUCUUCUCGGUUAAUCCUCUGAGGGGAGGCUCGGACAGCCGGGACUCUAGCGGCGGUGCCGGCUGGCUCCCACCGAGCUUCCCUCAGCCGCCGCCUCAGGCUCUCUGUCCUGUUCCUCACUCCCCGCCCAGCCUGGCCAGGCAUAAAAAUAAUGUGCCCCCUCUCCCCACCCAGAGAUGGGCAGUGGGUGAAGCUUGCUGCUGUAUCUCCAUGUGUGUGCCAGGAGUUUUCAGUUCCUCCUCCCUCCGAGCUCUGCAUUUCCUCACCACAGGAAGCUGCUUUGCUAAGUGUGGGAACUUUGCUGUCUUGGUGGAUGUUCAUAUUUUGCCUCAAGGCUCCAGUAAAGACACCAGCUGGUUUUCAGAUCAUGAGAAAGAGGAGGUCUGCAAGCUGCUGGAAGAAGUUGUUGCUUCAAGGGUCAGACACUACUUGGAGGCACCUAAACAGCGUGGUCAGAAGCCCACGGAACAGGGACCAUCUGGGCCUUUGUUUCUUACCGCCAACAGUUUGCACAUUACUGCCUACUUUAUGAAGAGAUGGGUUAAUCUCCGUUGUGCUCUAGGGAAACGUUAUCGUGAGCUCCGAGUGUUUCCAGAGAAAUUUAUCGUUUGUGUCAGUAAACUUGACUUUGAUCCAAGUGAUUGGACAUGUGACAAUGGUGGAUUGAAAGAAGAACUUUCCAAUGGGACGUCUGAAUAUUUUACUGAAUCUGCUGAGAACAAGAAGCUUAAGAUUAGUCUGAGUGAACAAAUAAAGCAAGACAUCCUGAGAAAAAUUGUGAAGAGGACAAAACCAAGGAGAAGUAGUGCAAGCAAACCUCAAAUCAGCAAGGACUCCAAGAAAGUGUAUCUUGGCUGGGCAGACUUGCAGACAGAGAACAGAAAGAGCGACUGUGAGACUUCUGCCAGUGCUCGGUCUGCUGUGAAACGUCGGAGCCCAGGCCUGCUGGAGGACUGCACAAACACAGCUGAGAGCAGCCUGGGGCUUCCUGUGCUGGAGCAGAGAAGGGAUGUUGGUCAGAGAGAGCCAGAAGAGGUUCGCAGCCAGCACAAAGCUCGCUCUCUGCAGUGGCCAGAGGCAAGGCUGCUCAGUGAGAGCCCUCCUUGCUGCUCUGAGUCAGCGCUGCUGGCCCCUAAACAAAGUCAGAGGCUGACCAGAGCACAGGCUCAGCUCGAGACCUGUGGUUCACAGGAAAAGUUGGAGCAUUUCACAAAAGUGUCCUCUGAAGGGACUCCUUUAACUUCCAUUAAUACAGAAAGGAGUGACUGUGAUGAUAAUUGUUUGGGUCCAUUCCUGGAGGAGAAGACACCUCUUAAUUACAGGUUGUUUUCAAGGCAAGAUGUGACAGAGACUGUGGUUGACAAGAAGUCGUUGACUUUGAGAAAAAACCCCUCCUGGUCUCCUUUUGUGAGCAGCAGUGGAGUGCAGGCGAGCCAAAAUGAGCCAAGCACAGCCCCUGAAGAGCUGCCUGCAGUGCCAACAUCAGAGCUGCACCCCAUGUCUUCAGAGAAGCUUUCCCAAAAAAGAAAAAAAGAGGUGGAAAUUGGUCUUGGGAAGUUAAAACUGCGAAGGCUUAAGAAGUCAAAAUCUGAAUUAGUGCCUUGAUAGCAUGGGUACUCAGCCAAGGUUGUGCCUAAGCAAAGAGCAGGAAGCAACUCAAAAUGAUGGAAAACAAUAGAAAUACAAAAUCAAAAUUAGAGAACACAUUAAGAAAAUGUAGUUAACUAAGGAUCUUAGUCAUUUGGCACUGUAAUACAGGUAAUCCUUUUAAGUCUUUAGGAAUUAGUCAUGAUUAUUGCACAAGUCAGCAUCAUAUUUAUAGAAAGAAAAAUCUCUUAUAAAAUAAUAUUUACUAAGCAAAAUUUUAGAUUUAUACGUAUUCAGUCCUAUUAAAAAGUCAUAUCAGCUGCUGGUAGCAAACGUUAAAACUCCUUGUGUGAUCUGUUAGCAGCUGCAGUUAUUUGGUAUCUUGCUUGUUUCUGAGCAUGUCGUUUAUUUUAGCAAAAAAUUAACCCUUUCUCUAUAUUAGAAAGUUUGUGGUUUACUCACAUGAUCUUUACAGCAAUAAAGCAAAUUAAGUUUAUUUCAAAUAAGUCUUUAACCAGGAUUAAUAGCUGAUGAUUUGAGGCCCACUUUUUCAGAGAAGUUUCAAAAAAACUGUAUUUUCUGCUUGUGUAGUUUUGAUAUGAACAUUUAAUUCUAGCCCAUGUUGUGGAAAAAAGUCAUCAUGCAUUCAGUCUUGGGGAAAAAUAAAGGUUUCUUUUAUAUAUUUAGACUUAUAUAUUUACACCUGGAUGUGCAAACUUUGUUCUUGGGUGAAGUUCAUAUAUAAACUUGAUGUGUACACAUCUUUAUGGAUACAUGUUUCAAAAUGAGGCCUUGCUUGUGCGCAAGGACAGCACGCUGGUUUUCAUGUGGAAGUUAUACCAGAGUUAAAUCUUAUUUUCAGAAAAGUUUUAAUUUCACAGUGCUUGUUCAUACUGCUUCUUAAAUUUAAAUGCUAAUGGGCUAAGGAAAUGUACCUUUUUUAUUUCAUGCUUAUCUUUUUAAAAUGUGUGGAAUAAAUGUAUAAGCUGUUUUCUUUCA